AGUUUAUUUUUGAUCAUGUUUGCCACGUGUGGAGAUUUAGAUCCGCUAAAUUUGGUGAGCACGCUGAUGGGCAGGAACGGCGUCCCUCUCCACAGAUGGAGAGUAAAUCAGACGGAGAGGGGCUCCGAAGUGGGCACCAGAGCAGGCUCCCCGCGGGUAAAAAUCCACGUCCUCACUCCUGCAACCAUUCAGCUCUUUGUGAGCUCCAUCCAGCGGGACAUUUUAGGGGGGAUUAGACGAAAUCACCGCCGGCAAAACGCAGAGGAAGUUAAAUGAAAGGACGCUCAACUUCUGCAGAUUUUCUUCAAAGUUGAAUCCCCGCAUGCAGGAUGAGACCCUUUUUUCCCCCGCAGGAACUUGGGAUGCGGUGGGGUAUGUCGCGUUCCUCCGUUAUUUGUAACCAGGCAACUGUCCCAGUGAAUGACCAGUUGAACGAAUCCUAUUAAUGACACCGUCCGUCUUCAGGAGCAGAACCAACCUCCUUGUAGAAAGAAAAGAAAAGCGUAAAGCUCCGCUGACGUUUGUUUGACUUUCGGACCAUUAUUUUGAAAAACAGCCCCCGCUUUGCGCAAGCGCACCAUGUGUCACCGCCUUCUACCUGGGAGCAGCACACCUGGAUCCAACGAGACGGAAGUUUGGUGAAGUCAGAGCGCGCGGCGAGGCUUUUGUCGCUGGAGGGGAACCGAAGUACAUUUUUGGGGACUGCUGUGAUAGCACCAUGUCACUCCAUGGAUUCACUGAGAAGCAUUAAGAGGACAAAGCGACUCAUGCUGCUGGUUCUCAGCCCAAAGCCUGCCUGCUCUCCAUUAAAGCACAAUGACAGCUCUCCGCAGACUGCUCCGAAGGCGACUGCACCCACUUAAACUAGCUGCAGUGGCCCUGGUCUUUGUCACAUUUGUCUUCCUCAUACAAUGGGAAGUGGGGACCCAAAGCGGGCCGGAGGACCCCUGGCUGAAGGAGGUGGCAGUGAAGCGGGACUCUAUGUUUGGCAUGGUGAUGGGAGCUGUGAAUAACUUCAGGGACGCCAUUCCAAAGAUGCAGAUCAAAGCCCCUGUGCGGCUGCUGGAGAAGCCCGGCGGCAUGUCCUGCCUGCCGGGCCACUACACAGCAGCUGAGCUCAAGCCGGCUCUGGAGAGACCGCCCCAGAACCCCCUCGCUCCUGGAGCUGCGGGGAGACCUUUCAAUCCAAGUUCUUUAAGCCCCGAAGAGCAGAAGGAGAAGGAAAGAGGCGAAGAAAAGCACUGUUUUAACUUGUACGCAAGUGACCGCAUCUCUCUGAGUAGAGACCUGGGCCCAGACACAAGACCUCCAGAAUGUAUCGAGCAAACCUUCAAGCGGUGCCCCCCUCUACCAACCACCAGCGUGAUCAUCGUGUUUCACAACGAGGCUUGGAGCACCCUGCUCAGGACAGUCUACAGCGUCCUGCACACCUCCCCUGCCAUCCUCCUGAAGGAGAUCAUCCUGGUGGAUGACGCCAGUGUGGACGAUGUUCUGAAGGACCAGCUGGAUGAGUACUUGAAGCAGCUGAGCAUUGUGCGCGUGGUCCGCCAGCGAGAAAGAAAAGGCCUCAUAACCGCUCGCCUGCUGGGCGCCUCUGUUGCCACCGGUGACACCCUCACUUUCCUGGACGCUCACUGCGAAUGCUUCAACGGAUGGCUGGAGCCUCUUCUGGCUAGGAUAGCUCAGAACUACACCGCCGUAGUGAGUCCGGACAUAUCCACAAUUGAUCUCAAUACGUUUGAAUUUAUGAAACCGUCGCCGUAUGGCCAGAACCACAACCGGGGCAACUUUGACUGGGGUCUUUCUUUUGGCUGGGAGAGUCUUCCAGAUCACGAAAAGCAAAGGAGAAAGGACGAAACGUAUCCCAUUAAGACUCCUACGUUUGCAGGUGGGCUCUUCUCCAUAUCUAAAGAAUAUUUCUAUCAAAUUGGAAGCUAUGAUGAAGAAAUGGAAAUCUGGGGAGGGGAGAAUAUUGAAAUGUCGUUUAGGGUGUGGCAGUGUGGAGGGCAGCUGGAGAUCAUUCCUUGCUCCGUUGUCGGUCACGUGUUCCGCACAAAAAGUCCACACACCUUUCCUAAAGGGACGCAGGUGAUCGCCCGGAACCAGGUACGGCUGGCCGAGGUCUGGAUGGACGACUACAAAGAGAUCUUCUACCGACGUAACCAACAAGCUGCACAAAUUGCCAAAGAAGAAACUUUUGGAGACAUCUCCAAACGCAGAGACCUUCGAGAGCGGCUUCAGUGCAAGAACUUCUCCUGGUAUCUGAAGAACAUUUAUCCCGAAAUCUUUAUGCCUGAUCUCAACCCGCUCCGCUUUGGCUCGGUGAAAAAUGUGGGCAAGGACUCGUGUCUGGAUGCUGGAGAGAACAAUGAGGGUGGAAAGGAGCUUAUUAUGUACCCAUGUCAUGGACUGGGAGGAAACCAGUAUUUUGAGUACUCCACACACCAUGAGGUUAGACACAACAUUCAGAAGGAGCUGUGUUUGCACGGGGCAGGGGGGAUCGUGAAGCUGGAGGAGUGCCAGUACAAAGGCAGGAACACGUUUGUGGGAGCAGAACAAAAAUGGGAACUGAAGGAUGUGAGUUUGACGAACCAGUUAUUCUACUUUCCUGGAAGGAACAUGUGUCUGACAGCCCGCCAGGAUCAUCCCUCCCUGGCUCGCUGCAACCCCUCAGACAGAUACCAGCAGUGGUCCUUCAUCUGAGUGUGCGAAACGUACACGCCUCAUUGUAUGCAUGAGCAUACUGGGACACAUGUAUUUAAUAAUGCAGGGUUUGUUUUUUUUUACUUUUAGAGAAACCAAUGCGUUAAGUUUUUAUUUAUUUUUUAUACACAACAGAACUUUAGAUUCUCAAAAGUCUGGACUUUAGAAGAAACCAUCAUGUGCCUGUUCUUUUUGUGUGUGUUUUAGCUGUUUUCACUUCUCAGAGAAGUGAAACUCAGUUUAAAGAGGAUAUUCCCCUGUGAGUCACACUCUAGUGAAUAUAAAAGCCUGUAAAUGUUACCAAAAAAAAGAGGAUUAGGAAAUUAGAUUUCUUCUGAAAGAGAUGAUUUCAUAGGCAAACCAUAGAUUAAAAUUUGGGAGUGGGAGUUCAUUGAUUGUUUUAAAAAAUAUAUUUUCUUAGAUUGUUUGGAUCCAUCUAGUGCCUUAAAUGCAAAUUUAUUUUUUAGUUUUGUGAGUCUGUCUGGUUGGUUGAGGGAGUGCAAAUGUUCAAGCAAAAUCUUGAAAGCUUUUUUAUUUUUGGGGCCAAUUUACUUGAGUGGGUUUUUGUUUUUAUGUACAGUUAUAGCAGAAUUAUUUGUGUAAAAAAAAUAGAAAAAAAUAAGGCAUUAUAAGUGAUGAUUACUGGGUUUAAAUUUAGGGAAAAACGAUCAAACCUUUAGAUGUUAUUUAAGUUUGUUUUUAAAAUGAGUUUUUUAUUUAAAAUUUAUGCCAAGCGAGUUUUUUUUGCUCCACAGAAUGCCUGAAAUCUCGUCUUUCUCCACUUGUAGUUAGAGUAGGUGGAGUUCCAUAACAAAUGUGAGGAAUAAAUGUCUGUGAAAAGUUA